AAAACAACAACAAAUAAAAAAUUGAUACCCCUUUUUUAAAAAAUCAAUGAGUUUAUUAUUACUAGACAUUCUUUUAGGUAGACCUUUGACUUUCCCAAUUUCCCUCCAAAUCCCAGAGUCUCAUUGGCAUGCUUUAAAUACACACACAGAGAGAGCAGCAAUGAAUAAAAUUAAAAAUAAAAUUAUUUCUGUGCUUCUCCCCUCCUCUCUUCUUCUCCAAUCCUCAUACCUUGUAGUAAAGCAAAGCUUCAUACUCUCUCUCUCUCUCUCUCUCUCUCUCUGCAAUAAUUUUCUUUAGGCUCAAAGAUGUCAUCAUUUCUUCAUCUUGAUGCUCAUUAUUAUUAUUAUUAUUCAUGUGUAGCUCUAAUCUUACUAGGCCUUGGAUUAUUAGGGCAAGCCAAUGCCCAAAUGUAUAGAGUUGAUAGCAAUAAUAAGAAGCUGGCUUAUUACACCAUCACUGUUGAUCAAUCUGGCCAUGGCAAUUUCACCUCCAUUCAAUCAGCCAUUGAUGCUGUUCCUAUAAACAACAGGAACUGGGUUUCUAUCAAGAUCAAGGCAGGCACCUAUAAGGAAAAGGUGAUCAUCCCCGUUGACAAGCCAUACAUAAUUCUCAAAGGAGAAAAUAGGCAUAAAACACAGAUUGUUUGGGAUGAUCACGACUCAGUUGCACAAAGCCCUACUUUUGCCUCUUAUGCCGACAGUAUCAUUGUCAAAUCCAUCAGCUUUGUGAAUUCAUACAACAACCCUGUGAAUAACAAAAAUCCAAGAGUGGCAGCAGUGGCGGCAAUGAUUUACGGGGACAAAUCUUCAUUCUAUCGAUGUGGUUUCUUUGGUUUGCAAGACACUUUGUGGGAUGGUCAAGGACGGCACUACUAUCACCUUUGCACCAUCCAGGGUGCCGUGGAUUUUAUCUUCGGCAGUGCCCAGUCUAUUUUUCAGAAAUGUUCGAUACAAGUUCUUGGGGGAGCUCUGGAUCCUGGGUCGGCUGGUUACAUCACAGCACAGGGAAGAGACAAUCCAAAUGAUGCAAGUGGGUUUGUGUUCAAGGAUUGCAAGGUGUCUGGAACAGGUUCCACCUUCUUGGGCAGGGCAUGGAGAGGUUACUCUAGAGUCAUUUUCUACAACUCCAAUUUUUCACAAGUGGUUGUGCCUCAAGGCUGGGAUGCUUGGCAUUUCCAAGGCAAUGAGCACCAAUUAACGUAUGCAGAGCAUGGUUGCUAUGGGCCAGGAGCCGACACUGUCAAGCGUGUGGAAUGGGAAAAGAAGCUUAAUGCUGAUACCGUGCGGGAGUUGACAAGCUUGAACUUUAUUGAUACUGAUGGAUGGCUCAAUGACCAGCCUUUCUAAUUAUUUUUUAUAUUUUUUUAUUUAACUUCCAUUCAUUUCAAGCAGUUGUUCUGCAAAUCUUUUAUUACUUUUUCACUUCCCCAUUACAUUACUUUUGCAAGAUAUUAACUCAUGAAUUUGUAACGUCCAAAGAAUUUUCACUUUACCCAAUUUGGAAGUGAUUUGUUUAAUCUGAUUAUGGAAAUAUAAGUUUCACUCGCC